AUGGGCAACAUGGCAACAGAGAUAGUCGCCUUCCUCCUGUCCGUCUCCGGCUGGAUCCUGGUGUCGUCCACCCUGCCAACAGACUACUGGAAGGUUUCCUCCGUGGACGGGACGGUUAUCACCACAGCCACCUUCUGGUCCAACCUGUGGAAAACCUGCGUCACCGAUUCCACCGGUGUGUCAAACUGCAAGGACUUUCCCUCGAUGCUGGCUCUGGACGCCUAUAUCCAGGUGUGUCGGGGUCUGAUGAUCGCCGCCGUGUGUCUGGGCUUCUUUGGUGCCGUCCUCGCCCUCGUGGGCAUGAAGUGCACGAAAAUAGGAGGCUCGGAGACCAUCAAAGCUCGACUCACCGUCCUGUCGGGCUUCCACUUCAUCCUCAGCGGCCUGUGCUGCAUGACUGCCUGCUCCAUAUACGCUCACAGGAUCACAACCGACUUCUUUGAUCCUCUCUUCGUCGCUCAGAAGUUUGAGCUGGGGGCAGCUCUCUUCAUCGGCUGGGCAGGAGCUGAAUAUUCCUACAGUGGAGCCGCAUCAUUCGUCACAGCUCGCCACAAGCGCAGCAGAGCGCCCACGGAACCGGCAGAGCGAUGCAGGCAGUUUGGACGGAACGCCUACGUGUGAAAUCAGUGUGGGAUUGAUAACAGAAAGUUUGUGGUCACACCAUCUCACCAGUGAAAGCGCCAACUUUAAGAGCAUUUGUGCCAGAACUCUAUGAACGUGGACAUUUUAUUCAUGCGACAGUUUACAUGAUGAGAACAUUUAUCUUUUUGAUUUUUUUU